AUGACAGAAUUGGAAAACGAAAUUACGACUAACUGUGCAUACGAUGUGCUAAAUUCAAUAAACGGUGAGUCGGUAAAAUAUGCAAAUGUUGGCGAUCGGCUAAUUCAUAAAUGGAGUUGUGAAUCAGAUAAGUACGGCAUGCUUGUUCAUUCAUGUUUCGUUUAUGAAUCUGAUAGUGACACUUUCCAGCUUGUCGAUAAUCAAGGUUGUAUCACAGAUCAUACAUUAAUGGAUCCAUUGCACUAUAGUGAUAGUCUCACAUUAGCAUAUUCAGUGAUACCAGCAUUCAAAUUUGUUGAUAAACUUACUAUUCGUUUUCAAUGCAAAGUGGCACUCUGUAUUAAAGCGCAAAAUGGCUGUGAAGGCAUUUCGCCACCCAAAUGCGAAUAUCUUUCGACCUUAACAUCAAUUUCUAAACAUUCAAUUUCCAAAUCUCCUUCUCCUAUACUUUCAAAUAUUUUGCAAUCAUCAUUGCCUCAAAAUAUCGAAUCGUUAUGCGAGGGUAUGGUACAAUAUAAGUUAAUUAUAGCUAAUUUAAAAGCUUAUCAAAUUUAA